AUGUUUAAGUCUACCCAUAAAGCUGCUAAGGACUUGAUAACUGGUUUAAAUGCUGAUGAAGACGAUGUCACCACAUUACCAAAUCACUUUCUACCAGAAUCAUAUAGCUUCGAAGAUCUGUAUCGAGAGCUUGUGAAGGAAAUUGUGAAAGGGAAAGAUGAAGAGAUAGAAAAUAUCAUCAUACUUGCCAGCUGCCUAGAACACAAAUCAGAUGCGGUGUUAGCAGCGGAUGAUGGUAAAUGGUGCGAGAAACUUAAGGAUUAUUUGUCAGAGACAAUAUUGCCUGAUGGUAAGGUGUAUUCAUUGGAUGAGACUGACGACAAAGCCUUCAAAAUCAAGCAAUACCGCUUUAAAUACACCCUCUGUAUGGUUUCAAUAUCUCGACUCCUUGAACUCUCUCCAAAUCCUUCAUCAUCACCACCCAAAAACUCCACUCUUCUUUCCCUCAUCCCAUACACUACUACGAAGAAUCCAUGGACGACUUCCCAGUCUCAACGAAUCGCUGCUGCGAUACUCGAGAAACAUGACCUGUACAUCAAGUCUCCCGAGUUCCUAGUCACACAUCUUCUACAAUCCUUCAUCCGUCCCAUAUUUUCCAAAACUCCGGCUCCCAAAUCCGUCACUGCGUCUUCGAGAAAAGCAGCACCAUCAUCUGCACCACCUCGUCAUUUCGAUAUCCGUGAACUUUCUCCUUCAAGGCAACCUUGGAGAUCGAAUAUUCCAUACACUAUCCCGAUUCUCCAAUGGAUCAUCGAAUAUAUUCCUUCCGACCUCCUCCGGACUCAAGCAUUUCCCCUUUUAAUUCCACCUCUCCUCACUCUUCUCGAUUCUCCCUCAAACUCAAUCCGUAUUCGCACUCUCCAAUUGCUUCCCACACUCUUCUCCAAGAUGGGCGAUAAACUCCUCCUACAAACAGGACUGGGUGAUGUCUUCGAAGAUGCCAUUCAUCCAGUUCUUCUAUUCUUACCUUCCAUCACGCCCGUCGAAGACACACUGAGCUUACUACUCGUCGGAUACCACGCUCUAUACGCUCUCUACGACACAAGAUGGCCCUCGACAAAAGACGAAGAAACCGGCACCCGCGAACUCACACUCUCAAUCAACAAACCCUCCAAGCCCACCAACCCCACCUCCAAAUCACCAACCCAUCUCCGUCUCGCCUUCCUAGAUAGGAUCAUCCGCCACGCCAUCCUCCCCGCACAUCUUCACUGCCAAGAAAUCCCCUCAGUAGUCCAAAUCCUCAUCUCACAACUCGGCAUCUGCAUCUCCAAAAUGGGUAUCUGGGGCGUAAAACAUUUAAAAGAUAUUUUACCCAUCAUCACCAAUAUCCUCAUGAAUCCAUUCUUACCCCGUGCAUCUCCAUCUCUCAUCAUCGAAACACUGAAUACAUUAAGAGAAAUCAUUCUCGUACUCUGGCCUCGCAUCAGUUUCGACGUGCAUCGCUUGAUAAUUCUGCAGGCUUUAGCGCUCUUACACGGGAAUGUGGGUACGGAGUUAGCAGAUGCAUCUGAGGAUGAGGCAAUCAAAAAUACGCAGGGAGAAAUAAUGAAGGGAUUAAGGCAAACGGCACGUGUUUUUGUAGUGGCGGUGAAGGGUACAGAAGAUGAGGAUGUGAAAGGGAUCUUUGAGGAGGAAUUGGAUAGUGUUAUUGAGGCUAACGGGGAUUUGGCUACUCUGUUUAGAUUUUAG